AUGGGGAGAUUCAGAGACAUGUUCAGUCCCGACAAGAAGUCGUUCCCUGAUGGAGUCAAGGUGCUGAGGGAUUGUCCCGACGCAACCGUCGACAUCUGUUUUAUCCAUGGCUUGAGUGGAAACCGGGAAAAGACAUGGAGGGGCCACGGCCAUACUGAACCCUGGCCGAAAACACUUCUACCAUCCAAACUCACAAGAGCCCGUAUCCUUACCUAUGGAUACGACGCCUAUGUUGUGGCAAAGUCCGGCCCAGCAUCAACAAACCGACUCAUUGACCAUGCACACAAUUUGUUGAACGACUUGACGACAGACAGAGCAUUAAACGGUGCAUCGUCUCGUCCGCUCAUUUUUGUCGCUCACAGUCUUGGUGGACUUGUCCUCAAACUCGCCAUCCUCCGUUCACGAAACAACGCGGAGGAACAUCUCCAAGGUAUCUUUGAACACACCAAAGGCAUCAUCUUCAUGGGCACUCCUCACGAGGGAUCAUGGAUGGCGGACUGGGCAAAGAUGCCUGCCUCUGCCCUUGGUCUCAUCAAGUCUACCAGUGUCACCCUGCUGGACCUUUUGCAGAGAGAUAACCAACUCCUUGAAUACAUCCAGGAAGAGUUUUGGUCCAUGGUAGGAGGUUUAAGGAAGAGCGGCAGAUCUCUUGAGAUCAUGUGUUUCUACGAAGAGUUGCCUCUGCCCGUAUUUGGCAAAGUCGUAUCUAAGGAAUCGGCAACCCUGGUAGGAUACAACUCUGCGACCAUUCACGCCGACCACCGGGAUAUGGUCAAGUUCGGUUCCGUCGAGGAUAAUGGCUUCAAGAGGCUGCUCGGUGAGCUGUCGAGAUGGGAAUCACAGAUCAGGUCGUCCAUCCCGUCACAAUUAACACAACCGACACUGGUCGAACUGCGGAUUCAGCCGUCUAGAUCGUCUGCCAGCGACUAUGCCUCUAGAGACCACGAUGCUGGUCUCCAGUCCUACGGGGGCCACACCUCUGGAAGCAAUGCUUCUUAUGGAGGGAUCCAGAACAACAACACAGGCAGCGGUAAUCAUUUUUCUGGCGCGGUGUUUAACGGGGCAGUGCAUUUUGGCGGGCAGGGAUCUUGA